CCUCCUAGCGUAUCGCACCCGCAGCGGCCGAUGUCAAGUAACCAGCGACGGGGAGUGAAGAAAAUGGAUCGAGAGCGCGACGAGCUCUUUCGGGAAAUAAAGGAGCAAAUUUUUGGCGAUGGAGACAAGCCCAUAAUUGAUCUGAAACAACAAGGGAUUCGAGACGCAACCGCAACGCAGAGCAAAAGUGCAAGCGGUAGCAGAAUAGUAAGCCCGAGAUCUUCCCCAACCGCGACAACGAGCAAAGGUACGGGGUCGAACAAUGUAUAUCUUCCCGGUGUCAUAACCGCGAAUAGAGGUUCAGCUAGCAGCCCGCAUGAUUUGGCGAAAAGUAUGGGUAGUCCUGGAAGCAGUAAGUCGCUUGAGCGGCACCUACUAACAUCUCCUCCAGGUGGUGGUACAGACGAGAAUGAUCAUACUGCCCCUGGCGUAGAGGUUUUCGCGGUUGCAGCUGAAUGUACAAGUGCAUCCGCGGCGGGAGUCGUAGGCCUUGGAACCGUACAUGUCAAAGAGUCGGCCACUAGUGGCUCUGCAGCGAGUGACAAUCCGGGUCAAGCAGGGCAGGAGCCAUCUGAAAUUCGCAUCGGGGGCUCCUUUAUGAAUCCACGCAUCGCUUCGUCCUCUACAUCAGGUCCAGAGCCUACCACCGGAGCAGCCCGAAGAAAGACGUCUGACAGCCCGCAGACUGGAUCGGGUACCAGGGUGAGUCCAUUGAGUAGAGAAUCACCUAGCGGCCGUGGUAGAAUUGUUGGAUCCACUCCGACGUCGGCAAAGAGCAGGAAGAUGUCGCAAGAAAAGAGCUCCAGAGGCUACCCUAGUGCCAGUGGAGCGGCUGAUGGUGGGCAUGCAGGAGCGGGGGAACAUCGAGCAGCGAAGACUGUAGUUUUAUCUGGAGCGAAAAACAGUCAGACCGGAGCGUCGAAAGGUGCAACUAUCACGUCAAUGUGGACGACUACGGCUACACGACGUCCACAUCCACAAGGGGGUAGUUCCGCGUCGCGCCAGCGUUCGGGCUCACGGCCUGCGACGGCUUCGCGCACCACUGGGAACUCUAGUAGUCAGAGAGCAACGCCUUCGAUGAGGCAGCAAACUACGCCGAAGACGACGGCUUCCAGCGCGGGUGGCGUACAGGGUAAGGAUUCGAUGAAUGAAAACACCAACUCGGAACGCCCAUUUUUUCUGACCAGCAGUAAUCAGCGUGUCUCUUCGGACUCGGACAGUCUUCGAAAGAUGCUCUCGCCUGAGAUGCUGACCGAGUUUGACUCUGUUCUCGAUUCAAUGCACCUCAGGGAGGUCGUUGACCCUAAGACAGGGCGGUCGACGAUAGUGCGGAAAGUACCUGAGGAGCAAGUUUCAAAGCCCCGAAAGGGAAAAGGUAGUGUCAUCUGCACGUGACCUGCUUCUAGAAAUGGAUUCUAUUUGAUUUCUUACCACGAGAGCAUCGGGGAAAUUUUUUUGUUAAUUUUGAUGGGAAAAGGAAAACUAGAAAUAGCAACAAAGGCAAAGAAGAACAGGUACGGGCAAGUCAUCCAGUCGGCAGCUACUUGUCUCUGCCUCGAAACAGCGUGAAAUCAGCGACCGCUUAUGUAUGCCCAUGUCCCAACAAGAGAGAAGACUUCAGCUUGGUGGAGCGGAGGGCGGAUUGCAGGCAGGUGAGAGACGGCCGCAGUCGCGACCCACAACUCCUGUCUGGCUUGACUCGCUAAAAAAGCAGCGCAAAUACCAAGCGGUCUUCGUCCAAAACGGAGGACACAAGUAUCCACCUGGAGUAACGGGCGGACGCGUCCCACGACCAGCGUCGAG